AAAGAUGUUUGUUGACCCAGCAAAUGCAAAGACGGCUACAUUGGGUGAAGUUGCGGAGGCAUUACAAUACAUGGUGUCUCCUCAAGGGAGGAAUACAUGCACAUUUGAUGAUCUCGUGCCUUAUGUGGAAAAAAUUACAAUUUUAUCCGAAGAGCAAGAGAGAGUCACUGAGCCAGUGUCACAUGGUCCCGCAUCAGAGCGUCAAUUUCCUGCACAACAGUUUCACAUGCUUCAGUCAAGUAUUGAAACUCAGGGGAUAGACAGAAGAAGGGACACUGUUGAAGCGGAAGAAUAUUCCCAACAAAUGGCGGAGCGUGGCCAUGGAAUGUAUUACACGCCACAAACAUUUGCUGAGUAUCCGACACAGAUGUAUCAGUAUCCUUUUCAGGGUCAUCACACUGAUACUUCUGCAAGCCAGCAAUCGUUCGGUGGUGUUGCGGAAACACAAGCUCAUUUUUCAUGGCCCACAAUGACCCCUUCACAGCAAUAUCAUGGCCCAAUUCCAACACCUAAUGCCCCGUUAGGAACACAAUGGAAUGUACCGGGACAAAUACCUAAUACGGGUGACUUAUUCGGUGUUGAUUUGCGGCACGCAUUUUCUGCGGAGGCUGACGAAGAAGAAGCGGGGAGGCAUCGGGGCAGAAGAAAUCCUGAUCGCCAAGCACGAAGAUGGGAUCGACCAUGUGGCACAUCCUCACGACAUGACGGACACCAAAAUGAAUGA